AUGCCUGCUGCUAUUCCAAUGCCAAUCAUGACCCUUGGCCACGUCUACGAUAUGGACCUCAAGAAGAACGAAAGCGUCAUCAAGGAAGUUAUCAUUCAAGCGCAGGGAGAGAUGGCUCUCGAGGAAUACAUCAAGCAAUGUCGCCGGAUCAGAGGUUGGGACGAUCUUUUCACCAAGUGUAGCGAGAACCUCAACUCGCUUACCGCCAUGAAACUUUCUCCCUAUUAUAAAGUUUUUGAGGAGGAGGCUGCGUCUUGGGAAGAGAAGCUCAACCGAAUCCAUGUCUUGUUCGAUGUGUGGAUUGACGUUCAGCGCCAGUGGGUAUAUCUCGAGGGCAUUUUCUCUGGAAGUACCGAUAUCAAGCAUCUGCUUCCGAAAGUCUACAAGUCCCCCUUCGUGCUGGAUGUCUUGAACAUUCAGGGAGUUCAGAAGAGUUUGGAGCGACUCGCAGACCUGUUGAACAAGAUUCAAAAGGCACUGGGAGAAUACCUCGAACGAGAGCGGUCUUCGUUCCCCCGGUUUUACUUUGUUGGUGACGAGGAUUUGCUGGAGAUGAUUGGUAACAGCAAGGAUAUCCUCCGCAUCAUGAAGCAUCUGAAAAAGAUGUUUGCCGGAAUCUCAACGGUUAUGUUGGACGAAGACCUGACCCAAAUCCAAGGCAUGGCUUCGAGAGAGGGCGAAGAGGUGCCGUUUACGACACCCAUUCUGCUGAAAGAUUUCCCCAAGAUCAAUGACUGGCUGGCUCGCAAAAAUCGAAUCCAUGAUGCGCCUUUCCUUGGCGGACCUGCUCACAGACGCUGUUGGCGAGUUACAAUCGUUUUACGGCACCGGAUCGUCUCUUCCAAUGGAUCAAUUUAUGGCUUGGAUGGAGAAAUACCCAGCGCAUCAUCGCUCGAAUCGAGGACUGCACCAGAUGCCGCGCUGCAAACUGUUACGCAGGCUCUUGAUUUGCUCGCCGACAUCGUCUUGCAAGAGCUUAUACCUGUCACUCGUCGCAACUGGUUUUACAUGGUUAUCCCAAAUGCGAUUUUACCUGGAUCGCUCCGUGGAGAAUCCUCUCGAACGUUUGGCUAUCAAGAUCGGCUCGUCCAGACACCACUCACGGACCGUGUCUACCUAACACUCACGCAAGCACUCGACAAUCAACUUGGUGGCGCUCCAUUCGGUCCUGCUGGCACAGGUAAAACCGAGUCCGUCAAAGCUCUUGGUGUCCAACUUGGGCGUUUUGUGCUCGUAUUCUGUUGCGAUGAAACAUUUGACUUCCAGGCAAUGGGUCGUAUUUUCAUCGGUCUGUGUCAAGUCGGUGCCUGGGGAUGUUUCGACGAGUUCAAUCGACUCAAAGAGCGUAUUCUCAGCGCAGUUUCACAACAAGUCCACAGCAUUCAGCAAGGUCUUGCCUCGCUCGUCAGGAACCCCGACACGGAGAUCGAGUUGGUCGGCAAGAAGUUGAAGAUUAACAAGAACAUGGGCAUCUUCAUUACCACCAUUCCCAACUAUGCAGGUCGUUCUCAACUGCCUCCCAAUUUGAUCAAACUCUUCCGGCCAAUGGCUAUGACACGCCCCGAUCGCGAGCUUAUUGCUCAAGUCAUGUUAUUCUCGCAAGGUUUCCGUACUGCGGAGUCCCUCGCAUCGAAAAUUGUUCCCUUCUUCAACCUUUGCGACGAACAGUUAUCACCGCAACCUCAUUACGACUUCGGUUUGCGAGCCCUGAAGGUUGUGUUAGCUAGUGCUGUUAUUCUCAAACGUGAACGUUUGCUCAGCGCACGAGCCGAUGCGGGGAAUGAUGACACCGUUGUUGAGCUAUCGGAUGGGAUUUGGGAGCAAAUCAUCCAAAGUGUCACCGAAACGAUUGUCCCCAAGUUGGUCGCAGGCGAUGUUCCCCUUCUUACUAACCUUUUGGCUGACGUUUUCCCUGGCGUCGAUUACCUACCAGUCGAUCUCGAUAAGCUACGCGAACAAAUUCUCUUAGUGUGUGCAGAGCGCCGUCUCACACCUGGCGACAAAUGGAUCGCGAAGAUUCUGCAACUAUAUCAGAUCCAGAAAAUUCAGCAUGGUCUGAUGAUGGUGGGGCCAUCGGGAACUGGCAAGACGAACGCAUGGCAGGUCUUACUGGCUGCUCUCGAACGACUGGAUGGGGUUGAAGGUGUACCCUAUGUCAUCGAUCCCAAGGCCAUGGAUAAGGAAGCGCUCUAUGGUACUCUGGAUGCAACGACACGUGAAUGGAAUGAUGGUCUGUUUAGGCAUAUUCUGCGUAAAAUCGUGGACGACGUACGUGGCGAAAGUGGCAAACGCCAUUGGAUCAUCUUCGAUGGAGAUGUUGACCCAGAAUGGGUAGAGAAUCUGAACAGUGUCCUCGACGACAACAAGCUUCUAACGCUUCCCAAUGGUGAACGUCUGAAUUUGCCUCCUAACGUGCGCAUUAUGUUCGAAGUUGAGCAUCUCAAGUAUGCGACCUUGGCCACCGUCAGUCGUUGCGGUAUGAUUUGGUUCAGCGAAGACGUCAUCGAUCCUCAAAUGGUCUAUCGACACUAUCUCGAGACACUCGCCGCUGUUCCCCUCGACGCUGACGACGAAGACGCGGGUGAUAUAAUUGAGCGCAGGGUCGAUCCAUCAGCAAGCGAAGCCGACAACCUGGCGACACAAAAGGAAGUCGCGUCCAUCUUAGAGCAAUACUUCGAGGAUGGAGAACUGGUCAGCAACGCUUUGACAUUUGCAGACUCCAUCGAACAUAUCAUGGACUUCACUGUGACUCGUGCUCUCAGCACUCUCUUCUCGCUUCUCAACAAGACAGUUCGCAAUAUCAUCGAGUACAACAUCCAGCACCCUGACUUCCCGUUGUCACAUGACCGCGUCGAGCAAUACGUGACCAAGCGACUCUUAGUCAGCAUCAUUUGGGCAUUCUCUGGCGAUGCCAAACUCGACCUGCGCGCUGAAAUGGGCGAAUUCCUGCGUAAGCAAACCAGCAUCGACCUUCCGCCUCUUUAA